UCUUCCGGCUGGUCGCUGGCUGGCUCGCAGACGAGCUAGUUGGGCUGUAGUUUUCUCUUCAGGAACCGCAAGCUCCCGGGACCGUCUCCCGCCAUGUUCUCUUUCAAUAUGUUUGAUCAUCCUAUUCCCCGCGUGUUCCAGAACCGCUUCUCCACCCAGUACCGGUGUUUCUCUGUGUCCAUGCUUGCAGGACCUAAUGACAGGUCAGAUGUGGAGAAAGGAGGGAAGAUAAUUAUGCCACCCUCGGCCCUGGAUCAACUUAGUCGACUUAAUAUCACCUAUCCCAUGUUGUUCAAACUGACCAAUAAGAACUCAGACAGGAUGACUCACUGUGGCGUGUUGGAGUUUGUGGCAGACGAGGGCAUUUGUUAUCUUCCCCACUGGAUGAUGCAGAAUCUGCUUCUGGAGGAGGGAGGCCUGGUACAAGUGGAGAGCGUCAACCUGCAGGUGGCAACUUACUCCAAAUUCCAGCCUCAGAGUCCAGAUUUCCUGGAUAUCACCAACCCGAAGGCCGUAUUGGAAAAUGCUUUGAGAAACUUUGCCUGUCUGACUACUGGCGAUGUGAUUGCGAUCAACUACAACGAAAAGAUCUAUGAGCUUCGAGUGAUGGAGACAAAGCCGGAUAAAGCCGUGUCUAUCAUAGAAUGUGACAUGAAUGUGGACUUUGACGCCCCCCUGGGCUACAAGGAGCCGGAGCGACAGACUCAGCACGAGGAAACGGCGGACGUGGAAGCCGACCACAGCGGCUACGUGGGAGAGCUCGGAUUCCGGGCCUUCUCCGGUUCUGGGAACAGAUUAGACGGGAAGAAAAAAGGCAUCGAACCUAGCCCUUCCCCAAUUAAGCCUGGAGACAUUAAAAGAGGAAUUCCUAAUUAUGACUUUAAACUUGGUAAGAUCACUUUCAUUCGAAAUUCACGUCCAAUGGUCAAAAAAGUGGAAGAGGAUCUGCAGUAGCAGACACUCUUCUGGAUCGAAUGAUUUCAGGAGGAAUGUGCUGCAGGAUGAAGCUGGAGGCCGAUUCAUUGCCUUUUCAGGAGAAGGACAGUCUUUACGCAAAAAAGGAAGAAAACCUUGAAUUUGGGCCCUGG